GCCGCGGCGGCGCGGGGAGCGCGCAGCCGGCCGGCUGGCACCUUCCCAACUGAUGCCCGAGGGGCACCUGAUGACCUGCUGACGCCCACCCAGCGGGCCCCCAGGAGAAGCCUGCGAUGUCCCAGACCCAGGACUACAGCUGCGAGGGCCACCGAGCCGGGGAGCAGGAGCCCCGCGGCCCCGGGCCAGGUGCCAGGCUGGAGUGGGUGGAGAUCGUGGAGCCGCGCACCCGCGAGCGCAUGUACGCCAACCUGCUGACGGGCGAGUGCGUGUGGGACCCGCCGGCCGGGGUGCGCAUCAAGCGCGCCAGCGAGAACCAGUGGUGGGAGCUGUUCGACCCCAACACGUCGCGCUUCUACUACUACAACGCCAGCUCGCAGCGCACCGUGUGGCACCGGCCGCGGGACUGCGACAUCAUCCCGCUGGCCAAGCUGCAGACGCUCAAGCAGCACAGCGCGUCGCCGCGCGCCUCGGCCGCCAGCAGCCCGGGCCGCGCCGGCCGCGCCGGCCGCGACGGCAGCUCCGGCUCCUCGCUCGAGCCCGAGCCCGAGCCCGAGCCCGAGCCCGGCGAGCGCGCGCAGGCCCCGGGGCGGCCGGCAAGGCCCGCGGCCUUCGGGGCGCGGCAGGAGGACGGCGGCAGCUCUCCGCCGGGCAUGCUCCUGGAGAGGGACUGCGAGGGCUUCAGGGACCGCGGGGUGGAUGGCCAGCCGCUGCACUACAGGACCUCCUCCUUGCGCUGGGACUCGGGCACCAAGGCGCGCCUGCUCGUCAAGGUCGGCGACCGGGAGCCCAGCUUCUUCCCCGCGCAGGGCAACGGCUACGCGACGGACAGUCAGCCCAGGGGCCGGCCCCGCAAGCCCUCGGGCGGCCAGCACUCGCCGGGCCUGCAGACCUUCGCGCCCGACCCCGACAGCCCCGUGUUCUUCCCCGACCGGCGCGCCGCGCCCUUCCUCAAGCGGCCCGAGCUGGGCAGCUGCUCCCCGCUGCUGGCGCAGCCCCGCAAGCCGUCGGGCGACUCGCAGCCGUCCUCCCCGCGCUACGCCUACGAGCCGCCGCUCUACGAGGAGCCGCCGCUGGAGUACCAGGCGCCGCUGUACGACGAGCCGCCCAUGGACGUGCAGCCCGAGGCGGGCUCGCCGCAGCGCUCCCCGGGCCGCCGGCCCGCCUGCCCGCCGUCGCCGCGGCCCGCGUGCGCCUCGCCCUACCAGCAGCUGGUGCUCGCGCGGCCGCGCGGCCCCGAGCGCUUCCUGAGCCUGGAGUACAGCCCGGCGGGCAAGGAGUACGUGCGGCAGCUGGUGUACGUGGAGCAGGCGGGCUCCAGCCCCAAGCUGCGCGCCGGCCCGCGGCACAAGUACGCGCCCCACCCGGCCGGCGGCUCCCUGUCGCUGCAGCCCGGGCCCUGCCUGCUGCGGGAGCCGCGCCUCGGGCUGCCGUCGGGGGACUACAGCAGCAUGGAGGGGCCCGCGCCGCCCGCCGCCCAGGACGACGCCAUGUCCUGGUCCAGCCAGCACACCGUGUCCUCCUCCGGCUACUCCCCCGGCUCGCGCAAAAGGAAGAGCCGCAACCCCUCCCUGUGCCACGCGCCCAGCGCCGCGCCCGCCGACGGCCCCGGGGAGCGCGACCUGCCCGGCGAGGCGCCCCUGGCGGAGGAGCGGUCCGCGGGCGCGCCCGGCCUGGCGCCCACACCCCGCACGGAGGGCAGCAAGGCCGGCGAGGCGGACGGGGCGCGGGGCGCGGCCGAGCCCUUCCUGGCGCAGGCGCGGCUGGCGUGGGAGGCGCAGCAGGCCCACCUGCACAUGAGGCAGCGCGGCAGCUGGGACUCCCAGCAGGACGGCUCUGGCUACGAGAGCGACGGCGCCCUGCCGCUGCCCAUGCCCGGGCCCGUGGUGCGCGCCUUCAGCGAGGACGAGGCGCUGGCCCAGCAGGACAGCAAGCACUGGCAGCGCGGCGCCCUGGAGCGGCUGGCCUUCCCCCAGAUCCUGCUGGAGAAGAGCGUCUCGGUGCAGACCAACCUGGCCUCCCCAGAGCCUUACCUGCAUCCUUCACAGUCUGAGGACCUCGGCACCUGUGCCCAGUUCGAGAGCGGCCGGCAGACCCGCAGCGUGAUGCCCAGCGCCAGCUGCGUGUUCCCCACCUUCACGCUGCGCAAGCCAUCCUCGGAGACAGACAUCGAGAACUGGGCCUCCAAGCAUUUCAACAAGCACACGCAGGGCCUCUUCCGGCGGAAGGUGUCCAUCGCCAACAUGCUGGCCUGGAGCAGCGAAUCCAUCAAGAAACCCAUGAUCGUGACCAGUGACCGCCACGUCAAGAAGGAGGCCUGCGAGAUCUUCAAGCUGAUCCAGAUGUACAUGGGUGACCGGCGCGCCAAGGCCGACCCACUGCACGUGGCCCUGGAGAUCGCCACCAAGGGCUGGAGCGCGCAGGGUCUGCGGGACGAGCUCUACAUCCAGCUGUGCCGCCAGACCACCGAGAACUUCCGCCUGGAGAGCCUGGCGCGCGGCUGGGAGCUCAUGGCCAUCUGCCUGGCCUUCUUCCCCCCGACCCCCAAGUUCCACUCGUACCUGGAGGGCUACAUCUACCGGCACAUGGACCCCGUCAACGACACCAAAGUGGCGCAGCACGUGCGGGAGCUCCUGGAGCGGAACGCUAAGAAGAAGGCCAAGUUGAGAAAGAAACCCAAGCCCUAUGUUGAGGAGCCCGAUGGGGUGGCGAUAAGCACGUAUGCCAAGUACUGUUACCACAAGCUGCAGAAGGCGGCCCUGACCGGGGCCAAGAAGGGCCUGAAGAAGCCUAACGUGGAGGAGAUCCGGCACGCCAAGAACGCAGUGUUCAGCCCCUCCAUGUUCGGCAGUGGGCUGCAGGAGGUCAUGAGCAUGCAGAAGGAGCGCUACCCCGACCGGCAGCUGCCGUGGGUGCAGACUCGGCUGUCCGAGGAGGUGCUGGCACUCAACGGCGAUCAGACGGAAGGCAUCUUCAGGGUCCCUGGGGACAUUGACGAGGUGAAUGCCCUGAAGCUACAGGUGGAUCAGUGGAAGGUGCCCACGGGGCUGGAGGACCCCCAUGUGCCAGCGUCGCUGCUGAAGCUGUGGUACCGGGAGCUGGAGGAGCCCCUGAUCCCGCACGAGUUCUACGAUCAGUGCAUCGCGCACUACGAGAGCCCCGAGGCCGCCGUGGCCGUGGUGCACGCGCUGCCGCGCAUCAACCGUCUGGUGCUGUGCUACCUCAUCCGCUUCCUCCAGGUGUUCGUGCAGCCCGCCAACGUGGCCAUCACCAAGAUGGACGUCAGCAACCUGGCCAUGGUGAUGGCGCCCAACUGCCUGCGCUGCCGGUCGGACGACCCGCGCGUCAUCUUCGAGAACACGCGCAAGGAGAUGUCCUUCCUGCGCGUGCUCAUCCAGCACCUGGACACCGGCUUCAUGGAGGGCGUGCUCUAGCCCCGGCGGGGAGGGCGCCGGCGCGCGG